ACGACGCGACAGUGAGCUUUAAUGUAUCAAAGUGUGUGUGUGCGUGUGUGUGUGCGUGCGUGUGCGUGUCUUUCAUGCAUUGCACACAUGUAUGCACCCGUGAAGCUAUCCGUGUAGAGGAGCGUGGAGCCUGCACACAGCCUCCCCAGCUGAGAGCCUCCUCUGCCCCGCAUGUUAGCUCAGUCUGCAGCCUGCUGCUAGCUGCUACCACUAACCUAAGCUAGUGCUGCUGGGAACCUGCUUUCUCUGGUUUCAUCCCCACAGCAGUGGCACUAUGCCAGCUGCUACCGUGGAUCACAACCAAAAAAUAUGUGAAGUUUGGGCCAACAACCUGGAGGAGGAGCUGAAGAGGAUCCGACAUGUCAUCCGGAAAUACAACUACAUUGCAAUGGACACAGAGUUUCCAGGUGUAGUAGCCAGGCCGAUCGGAGAGUUCAGGAGCAAUGCCGACUAUCAGUACCAGCUACUGCGCUGCAAUGUGGAUCUGCUCAAGAUAAUCCAGCUUGGCCUCACGUUUAUGAACGAGCAGGGGGAAUACCCUGCUGGGACAACGACGUGGCAGUUCAAUUUUAAGUUUAGCCUCACAGAAGAUAUGUACGCGCAGGACUCCAUUGAGCUCCUGACCACUUCAGGGAUUCAGUUCAAGAAGCAUGAGGACGAAGGUAUCGAGACGCUGUUCUUUGCGGAGCUGCUGAUGACAUCAGGGGUGGUGCUCUGUGAUGGGGUCAAGUGGCUGUCUUUUCACAGUGGCUAUGACUUUGGAUACCUGAUCAAGAUUCUGUCCAACUCUAACCUGCCUGAAGAGGAGGUGGACUUCUUUGAGAUUCUUCGCUUGUACUUUCCAGUCAUUUAUGAUGUCAAGUACCUCAUGAAGAGUUGUAAAAACCUGAAGGGCGGGCUGCAGGAAGUAGCUGAGCAACUAGAGCUGGAGAGGAUCGGACCUCAGCAUCAGGCCGGCUCCGACUCUUUACUCACAGGCAUGGCUUUCUUCAAGAUGAGAGAGAUGUUCUUUGAGGAUCACAUCGAUGAUGCAAAGUACUGUGGUCACUUGUAUGGGCUGGGCUCCGGCUCCGCCUACGUCCAGAACGGAACGGGGAACGCCUACGAAGAGGAGGCUAACAAGCAGCAGUCGUGACAUCACUCCGUAACCCCAUCCACCCUACCUGCGGGUCACACGCACAGUCAGGGCUUCAUCAAACAGAGGAUGAGGAUGAUGAUGAUGAUGAUGAUGAUGGAAGAACACAAAGCAUACACACAUCAUUUAACAAGCUGCUUCUUAUAGGCCCUGCUCACCUUAGACAACUGAAUAUUAUGGUUAAACAGCUGUGUGAGUUCAGUCCUGUGUUCCUCCGAAGCAGUGUACACGUUUGGGGUUCGAUCAUUUGAAUUUAACAUGCUUGAAAAGAUGGGAUUUUAGUUUUCCUAAAAUGUUCUGUAGAAAUGUUUUGCACUUUAAAGCUCUAACCUGAUUUUAUAUGGAAAGCUGAACAAAAGUUUCCGGUGUCUUUGUUGCCUUCUCUACGUUUCCAUUUUCCGUUGUGAACCCAAGAACCGCUCUCGGCACGCUCAGCCGUAACAUUAGCUGCAUUCUUCUCUUUUAACCUUUAAUUUAUUGUGCUAGUUAUCUGAUAUUGAGCAGACGCAAUGUGUCGGUACGCUGGCCAUCUGUCAUAGGAUCUCCUGUAUGGUUAAGAGAAAGGGAGCUCUCAGUCAGUAUGUUUACGUGCACAUGAAGAUUUCUGGUUUUUUUUUCAUUCGUUCAUAUAAAAGAUUAUGUUUGUAACGGUCUGAAUAAGAUCAAUCCCGCUGUGAUAAGCCUUAAACUAACUGAACUGGAGUUUGCUGCUUAUACAGUAUGUAGACGGGAGAGUUAAACUUACUUUUAGUUGCUGUUUUCCUGUUUGUAUUCAUGAUAAUACUCAUAAUGGUCACAUACAUGGAUAUAUACAACAUGUACUAGACACACAUGGUUUUCAUAGGAGGAAAAUGUAAUAUUUGUGCAUGUAAACACUCAUUGACACAAGCACAUAUGAAACCUCUACAUUGUCUUGCAAUGAUUUCAACUCACUUCACCAGACCUCGAAAAAACACAAAUUAAAAAGUAUAAAAAAACUCUCCUGCAUGUGAGACAUGCGGAGGUUACCUUGAACUACUCUGUUAAGAGUAAAAACUUUUAAUUAAAAUUGAGGUUUUGUAGAGUUUUAGUGUUGUGAUAAAAGCAGACAAAACUUUUACUCAGCAGAAACAAACAGCAUUGCGUUUGAACAUGCAUCUUUUUGUUCCAGUGGAGUUCAUUUCACUUGUAGUUCUGGCCUUUUGAAAUUUAAUUUUUUUUGUAAUGCUCUUUAGUUCAUUCUUGCCGUGUAGACGAGCUGCAUGUACUAGAAUGUUUGAAUAAAUGCUGUGUUGUUGAUAGAAGUAUCCUGAACUUCCCAUAGGUGUGUGUGUUGAAUUCUAGGUUUGAGAUUCAUUAACCUCGCUGAGCUGCAAAGACUGACAACCGAAGCACUUUUUUCUUUUUGCAGCACAUCUUUCACACUGUAACGGAGUCAAAGAAGAAUAUGCAAUAUAUGCAAGAAGAUUGUUUUUAGAUUAUUUUGUAA